AUGUCUGCCGCAGUUGCCAAACCAGCCCCACCUCCACAAGACACCACUGACGAGAAGCUUCUUCCAGGAGAGCACACUCUGCCUGCCUCCUGGUGGACCUCGCAGAAAGUUUUCGACUACGAAAAAAAGGCUAUUUUUGCCAGGUCCUGGCUUUUUGUCACGCACCAGCAGCGUUUCAAAAAAGCCGGUGACUACUUUUCCUACAGCUUUAUGGGCUGGAACUUCUUCCUGAUCAAGACCAAGGCCGGCGAGAUCAAGGCUUUCCACAACGUCUGCAGACACAGAGCGUAUCCCGUGGUCAGAAAGCAGCAGGGAUCGUCGAUUGUUCUUGGUUGCAAGUACCACGGCUGGUCUUACAACACCGACGGCCUGCUGACCAAGGCACCGCACUUUAACGAGGUUGAGGGCUUUGACCCGAAGGCCAACUCGCUGUUUGAGAUCAGAAGCCACACCACGAAGGAGGGCCUGGUUUUCAUCAACUUUGACAACACUGACGAGUACACUCCAUUCGAGGAGUUUUUCGCGGGACUCGACCAGGAGAUGGCCGAGUACGACUUUGACGACUACGAGUAUCACAUGUCCUACGAGCUGGACGGCGAGUUCAACUGGAAGACCCUGAUGGACGGCUACCAGGAGUGCUACCACUGUCCGACGGCCCACCCCGGCCUCAACUCUGCCUUCAAAAUGGAAACCUACAAAGUUGUUCCUAAGGGCAACUACUGCCGCCACUAUGCGAAGAUUGUUGAGGACGAGAUCGAGGAGGUCGAGGAGGAGGACCCGGACACCGAGUCGUCGUGGUUUGGCUUUGGAAAAAAGAAGCACGAAAAAAAGAAGACCGUCAAGACCAGACAGAACCCGGGCGGAAACUUCAACGGUCUGUGGUGCUAUCUGUUCCCUACGAACGGCGUGAACUGCUACUCGCCAGCGUUCUACUCCAUCAGAGUGCUGCCUAUUGCUCCGUCGAGAACUAUUUUGCAGUACGACAUCUACACCAAGAAGGGCCUUGCAGAGGAUAAGAAAAAGGAGUUUGUCGAUUUUCUGCAGCAGGUCGAGAUCGAGGACUUCAACCUGUGCGUCCAGACCCAGAAAAACCUUAACCAGGGUAUUUAUUCUACGGGCUACCUCCACCCUCUCAAGGAGCGCGGCGUCUUGCAUUACCAGGGCCUGGUGAAGGACAUGGUCAAAAAACACUUUGAGCUCGAGCAGAAGGAGGGAAGAGAAAUCAACCCGGCCAGAAUCGGCGGCAAGCAGAACUCCAGCGAGGCUCAGGAGCUCGAGGAGUUGUGCUCCAAAAUCGAGUGCCAGGGCUCAAACCCAGAGUCGCUCGGCGAGCUCGACUGGUGA